CCAGGUCCUCGUAGAACUUGGACCGCUCGAUGGUCCGAGACCUGACGUGUAUGUUAGAAAAUCGAGGAGUACUCUUCUUUCUCAACUUUGGUGAGGUGUCACGAACCUCUGAGUGACUCGCCAUUCUUAUGCUGUCCUGCUCCGAGCCUCACUGGGUCCGUUCUCUGCCUUUCCCUCCCCCCACCUUACUCCUUCCUUCCGCCAAGCGCCGCCCGACCCUCGGUCACGCGUCCUUUCCCUCUUCAAAAUCUAACCGCCAAUCUGCCACGCGCUGGAUCUGGGAGGCACGUGAAUUCGCCGACAUCAUCGCUGUACCUGCUUCUACAUUUUAUCAAAAACAUAUACGUGCGUAUGUUAAGGAUGACGGCGGACUACUAAUAGUUGGCACUGAAACUUUUUUUGCGGACGCUUAAGCUUAUCGUGCCUUCCGCUAGUGUGUUUGACAAAGGUUACGAUUUUACUGCUCGUAAAUCAUUAUCUGCUCGCUCGUUACGUAGUUGCGAAGUGAGUCUGCGUCUGAUCGCUUCUGCCUCGCGCGCUGGGCGGGAGAUUUGAACUGAGCCCGUUUCCGGCGGCUCGAGCCUGUCGCCCCUCCUCUUACCCAACAAACUAGUUAGGCGGCCUUCUUAAUGCCGCGCGCCGAGUCCUAUUUGCCGGUGCCUCCGGGAGGCCUGGAGGAAAAUUUCUUCAGCUUGGAUGAUAUCCUGAUGACACAAGAGAAGGUUCCGUGUCGGACUGUGAUGUUGCUGCCGCGACUGGGCUUUCUAGACAAGAGCAGUGAGGCCGAUCUCAUCCCCGAGGGUACAAAGAUGGAACUGCCUCUUUGGAUGGCCAAAGGGCUAUGUGACCCUAAACGUCGCAUCAUUUCUGCCGGUACACCAAAAGUGUACCAAGGUUGCUGGCGGACAAUUUUCAGUGCUGAUGCAAAAGUUGUUGACCUGCACAAAUUGGGGCCGUAUUAUUAUGGUUUUGGAACGCAGCUGUUACACUUUAAUAAUCCAGAGAACACUGAAAUUGCUCAGACCAUCCUACAGACGUUUGUCACCCGCUUUCGUCGGAUCAUGGAUUCCUCCCAGAAUGCAUACAAUGAGGACACAUCAUCACUUGUGGCUCACCUGGACGAGCUCGAGCGAGAACUGUUCCAGUCUGGUCAAAAAGGCUUGAAUGAGUUUCAGAAGUGGGAGAAGGGGCAGGCCGAGCAGAUCACCACUUCCAAUCUGGUUCAGAGCUAUGGUAAACGAAAGUUUGCAGAUAUGGAGGCCUGAAAUGGAACUUGAGUCAGAGAGAUGCUAAAGCAGAUUGUUACUAUUCAUAUUCCUCACCAAUAUAUAAUGGAGUUUCCACUAAGAUGAAACUGAUUCUGCAGGAGUUACAACUGUGUAGUUAACAGUGCAAUCACUUUGGGUGAAAAUUAAACCAGUACUGCACUGUGAAGCAGAAUUCCUCAUGGAUUUUUUUUCCUUCUGGACUUCUGCUUGCUUCCUACAUGACAAAGCCACUUGCAAAAACUUUCUGCAAACCAACUUUUGGUUCACUAAGCAUUUUGGAUCUUCAGGAUUUUGAGUCCGUUUCUGUCAGAGUUGCAGCUGUUUUCUCUGACUCUUCCUGGUAUUCAAUAUGGGACCCCCUGCAGCACUUGUGGAAGAGACCGUUAUAAACAAUUUGUUCAGCAAAACAAACUGGCUGAAGGCCAGGCUCUUCGAUAAUUUUAGAAAGGAAAAACAGACUAUAAAAUCUGUCUAUUUCCCUCUAAAGCCAAAAUCUCUCAUUGUGUAGAAUGGCACAUGAUUAACUAUAUGUAUUAUAAUAAUUUGUUUAGAUUUUAAAGUUUUUUGUUUCGGUAACCAUAUGACUAGGAAUUUUGUGCGCUCCUCAAACACUGAAUAGAUGCAUAGACUUUGAGUAUCGUGUUUUAUUUCCAAGCUUCACUCGUGCAUGAAUUUUACUGAUGUUCCCCAGGACUUGAUUCAUUUUGUUCUGAAUAGAUCAUUCUUCAUCUCCGAAAUGGACAGGUCACUGGCGUGGUGUUCCUAUUAACUUGAGUGAAGUUUUAUUAUGCUAGAGUAUUUAGUUACAGAUGUGCUUCCCUGUACUCUAAUUUUAAAAAAAAAUCCAAAGUCAUCAUUGGCUCCUUGACUUUUGGUAGCUUUAUGCUAGAGCUAGUAACUGAGCUACAGAAUACAUAUGCAUGGCAAUCUAAAAUAUCUUGCUUCAGAGUGUAGUAUCCCUCUUUCUAAUGGGGGCAGCAGAGAUGCAGCUCUAAGCGGUUGAGUCAGGUGCUGCUAACACUAACAAUGUAGGUAACUGAAGUAUAAAUUCUAGAUUAACAUUAAAUCUGCAAAGAUUUUUUUUAAACCAGCAAAUUCCACAGACUCUUACAAAACACUGUUGGGUUUGUGUUGCAAGAAAGACAGGAAAGCUGACCUGUUCUCCUAACUUGAUCAAUAAUAACUUUCAGAUUGAAGUUGGAAUAAGAUCCAGCUCUUCUGAUGACUUGACGAAGCAAGUCUGAAUUAUAUAAAGUUUUUUUUUGUAUUCAAACUGAUUUUUUGUGGACCUCUGAUAUCUGGAUAUGUCAGCUUUUUAAUGUUGUAUUUAUUGGCUGGAGGCCCUAAAGUUGAAAUUGUCAUCUGAGGAUGGAUUUUUUUAAAAUAAAGUUUUUCAACUAUCUAAUGAAUGCUUACUAAGUAUAUUUGCAUAAACCAUGUCUGAGCCUUUUAUACAAACUUCAUUUUUUUUAAUAAUCACUUGGAUUUUCAAAUUUACUUGUAUCUUUACACUGAUUUUAGAACAUGCUCAACUCAAUGGGUUCAUUGUGCUUGUGCCAGCUCUUUGAAAGAAUUAUCUAAUUAAUUCCACUUUUCCCCAUGAUCCUGUAAAUAUUCUGUCUCAAAUGUGUACCCAAUUCUUGUUUGAAUUAUAUCUUUGUUUCCACCAUG